AUGCAACGCACCUGGGUCCGUGUCCUGCGCACCCCGUCGUCCCUCCUCAAGUCAUCGUCCGAUCCGACCUCCAUAUCCUUGUCCUCUGCCAACGUUGUGCUCAUGGAUUCUCCAACAACAAGCUCCUACGUAGCUGAACCGACUGCGCCCAUCCUCUCUGGUUCCUCCCCGAGCGCAAUCGCCGAAGCAGCCUCGAUCCUCCGCUCAGGGGGCCUCGUCGCUUUCCCGACCGAAACUGUCUACGGUCUGGGCGCCUCGGCCCUUUCCUCCUCCGCCGUUCGAUCCAUUUACGCCGCCAAAGGGAGGCCUUCCGACAACCCCCUCAUCGUUCAUGUCUCAUCCCACCAAAUGAUGCUCGACCUUCUACCUGGAGCCGAGAAGGCUAUCCCCGCCAUCUAUCGUCCCUUGAUGCGAAAGUUCUGGCCUGGGUCAUUGACGUUGAUCUUUCCGUUGGAGGAAGACAUUCAUCGACCACCGAAGAACCGAGUCGCUCAAGAAGUGACGGCAGGACAACCCAGUUUGGCAUUGAGGAUGCCAAGUCAUCCUUUGGCCCUUCGAUUGAUUCAAGAAGCCGAUCGACCGCUGGCAGCCCCGUCGGCGAAUUUGAGCUCACGACCUAGCCCGACGAGUGCGAAACAUGUCGAAUUCGAUUUGGGCAAGGGGAGGGGAUUGGGAGCUAUUCUCGAUGGUGGGGAGUGUACGGUCGGGGUGGAGAGCACGGUCGUGGAUUGGGUGAGGUCGGGAGGGAACAAAGGUGGAGAGGAGGAUGGUGUCGGGCAGUUGAGAAUCCUCAGGGCCGGAGGAGUGACGGCCGAAGAAAUUGAAGAGUGCUUAGAGCAAGCUGGGUUCGCUGUGGGAGUUGGAGAUAAAAGCAAGGGGAAGCAGAACGGGAGAGGUGGGAUCCAAGUCUACGCGAGGGAUUUCAAAUCGAGCGAACUCGAGGCCAAGCCGACCACGCCGGGGAUGAAGUACAAGCACUACGCGCCCACACAUUCCAAAGUCGUUCUGGUACGGUUCUCUGAAUCAAAGGAAGCCCUGGGGUUGGACGAGUUGAUUGAGCGGGUACGGAAGCAAGGGCCGGGUCGAAGGGUCGAGAGAGUCGGAUUGAUGCUGUGCUCGGACUCGAUGGAACGACUGUCACCUACGACGACACAAGAGCUUUGUUCAAGCUGUUCCCUCGUCACCUUGGGAAUGAACAGACGGUCGAAGCCCUCUUCGGUCCACGAAGACGGGACGCCCACACUACCCAAGUUUUACUCGUACCCUUUGGGUUCUCGCUCUCGACCGAUCGAGGCUGGACAACGACUUUUCGCAGGACUACGAUACCUCGAUUCAUUAACAGCCUCGCCUGAUCUUGUAUCAAAUAAUGGAGGCAGCGGUGCGGAUGUGACAACCGUUGGGGUCGACCUUAUUCUGAUCGAGGCGGUCGAGCAGACAGGAGUUGGGUUGGCGGUGAUGGAACGCGCUCGCAAGUCCGCGGGUGGGACCGAGGUGGUGGAACUUGGAGUAUGA